UACUAUCUUCAUCAAAAAACAAAAAAUGAAAUCCAUAAUUUCAAUAUUGUUUCUUCUUCAAGCAAUCAUCAACACUGUUAAUCUGGUCACAGCUCAAUUCCCCGCAGAGCCUGUCUUCAGAUGCAGAGACACAGGCAACUACACAACAAGGACUGAUUACAGCAGAAACCUCAAAGUCGCAUUGAAUACAGUCGGCAAUAUGGACACGUAUAAUGGCGGAUCAUUCAAUUCAUCCAUUGGCGUGAACGAAGCAGCACAUGUCAUGGCCCUUUGCUCCGGUAUUUCUACUCAUUGGGGUGGAAACUGUAAGGACUGUAUACACAAGUUGACCGUUCAACUUACAAUCAAGUGCUUGGAUCAAAAAGAGGCUGUGAUGUGGGGUUCAAAUUGUAUGAUUCAUUUCUCUGAUCGUAAAAUAUUAGGAUCUCUUGAUGAUUGGUCUCGGUUCAGUUUACCAGAUAAACAAGCAGGAAGUCUUGCGAAUAAGCCAGAUCAGUUUGACAACCUUAUGUUUUUUUUAAUGCAUAGAUUAAAGUUGGACGCAUCCCGAGGUACUACCGAUAAAAAGUCUGAAUUUAAGGUAGAUUAUGAAAAUAAACCUGUUUAUGGGGCUAUGCAGUGUACUGCUGACUUAUCCAGGGAUCUGUGUGAUAAAUGUUUACAAGAAUUAAUUGUGGCGCACCGUUAUUGUUGUAGUGGAAGAAAGGCUGCGAGAAUAUUUUCACCCAAUUGUUUUUUUAGUUACUCGGGUCAAGAUUUUUCCAAAUGGAAAACAUAACUCUUGCAGGUGUAAUCAUCAUUAGGACCUCCAAACUCCAUUGAAUUUAGAACUUUGGUUUUGAUGGAUUGUAACAUCAUCUUUGAAUAAACCUUAAUUUAAUUGCUCGACAAACAAUUUGGUGACUUUCUUCGGUCAUGAUUUUAGCAAAGACUAUAUGUUUAGUAUAAUAAAGAGUUGAAUUCAAACCAUCAAUAAAAUCAUAAACCUUUUCAUCCA